AUGCGCCUAAGCGCCGGCGCAAACACUAGACCCAGUCCCGCACCCUUCUUCUUCUUCUCCCACCAUGCCACCACCCUCGUGGGCUACGCGCCACCUGGCCGCGCUCCCCGUCCUCGCUCGGAUCCGCCCCGUCAUCGCGACCACUGCUGCCGCUGCCACUACCGCUACCGCGUCAACGCCAGCAAGGCGGCCCGCCCGGCCCUUCACGACCCUCGGCAUCGAGACCUCGUGCGACGACACCUGCGUCGCCAUCCUUACCACCGACCCCUCCACCCGCGCCGCCCAGCUCCCCUUCAACGCAAAGCUCACCUCCGACAACCGCCAGUUCCGCGGCGUGUUUCCCCCGCCGCCCUCGAUGGCCACGCAUCCUCCCUCGCCGGGCUCGUCUCCGAAGCCCUCCGCACCACCACCACCACUGUGACAGCCCGCCCGGAUCUCGUCGCCGUCACGCGCGGGCCCGGCAUGUCCGCCAACCUAGCCGAAGGCCUCGCCCUCGCCAAGGACGACCGCGACUCCCCACCCACCGCUCAACUCCAACCCGGCCCGACACCCGCCUUCCCCUUCCUUACCCUCCUCGUCUCCGGCGGCCACACCCAGCUCGUCCACUCCCGCUCCCUCACCGACCACCGCAUCCUCGCCAACUCCGCCAACAUCGCCCUCGGCGACGCCCUCGACAAGCCUUUGCCUUCCCCCGCCACCGCCGACCGCGACCUCGCCGCCUACGUGGCCCCCGUCCGCCGCGCCGACGAGAUUGCCCCUACACCUCCCCCACGGCUGGACCCUCCACCCCCGCUCGCCUCCUCCCGCCGCCUCGCCUACGAGUUCUCCGCCCUCCAGAGCCACGUCCAGUCCGUCCUCGCCCUCCGGCCCAACCUGCCCCUUACCCUCCGCCGCGCCCUUGCCUACGACGUCAUGCGCCUCGCCUUUGAGCACCUCGCCGGCCGCGUCCUCCUCGCCCUCGCCGCCGACCCUUCCCUCGCCAGCCACGCCUCCGCCCUCGUCGUCUCCGGCGGCGUCGCUUCCAACCGCUUCCUCGCCACCGUCCUCCGCUCCAUGCUCGAUGCGCGCGGCUUCCCCAUCUCCCCUCGUCGCACCCCCGCUCCACCUCUGCACCGACAACGCCGCCAUGAUCGCCUGGACCGGCUGGGAGAUGCACCGCGCCGGCUACGCCUCUUCCCUCGAUGUGCGCGUGCUCAAAAAGUGGUCCGUCGACCCCACUGCCCCGGACGGCGGGAUUCUUGGUGCCGAAGGGUGGCUUCACAAUCCCCUUGGCAGUUGAAAGCCGGGAUGAGGCCGGUGUCCCAGGUCCCGGCGUGA